AUGCCUGUUCAAACCAGCUCACCGACAAUCCCGGACUCGUUCCCUUCCUUUAUGUCUGUAUUUGGGAGGUCACCCGAAUUUUCCGACAAGGAGGAGCGAACUUCAAUCAUCAAACCUCUUAGGGUUCCGACCAAUGUCACCGUCAAUACAUCGCGACGCCCACUGCCCUUUAAGCACCGUGAAAGUAUAUCGUCGAUGACAUCAGCCUCCACUGAUUCAUCGCCGACCACCACCAUCUCCACGUUCGAUCCUCCGUCGGCCGUGGAUACGUCCCCGAGCUCCUCGCCCGAAUCUCCGUCGUCGAUGCCAUUAUCAUAUCCCACCUUCAUGCCGCUUGCACACAAGCCCGAGUGCCCACCGCAGUCUGCGGCUCCGGCCGCCAUCUCCAACCCAUCAACGGAUACCCCGAAUGUCGCACGACCCGACUCACCCGGCCGACGUGCGAGAAACCUCAAGAACCUCUCCCUGAGGAUGCCUCUACCAUCCCAAGGUUCACGCCCGCCCAUCGCAACCGCAUCCGUUGUCGAAUCCAGUUCUCAACACCAUCUCUCCGCCCCACCUUCGCCGAUCCACGUGCCCCCGAAGGGCAUGCGCCGAAAACCCGCGAACCUGACGAUACGCACUCCCGGAUUCGAUCGGUCGUUUUCUAGCAACAUGAACGAGAUGGUUCCGCCCACUCCGCACGCCUUGCGCCACACCGAAUCCUCCCCUUCCCUCACAUCCGUUUUCUCCCCAUCAUUUGGCCCGAAGGGGGGCAUGCAACUCCCCCGACCGAUGACCCAUCAUGGCGCGCGCCGACCGUCUGGUGCCUCGGAGAGCAAUCUCUCGCCACUGCAAACUGUGCCAGAUGAAGGGUCCGCUUCCGGGGGAGUGCUACACGAGUUGGAAGAAGAAGACGACCAUCUAGACUCGCGGGAGUCGACGCGGCGCAACGAACGCGGAUACCCGAACGGCCCAAUCCAAAUCUACGACUCCGGUGUUUUUCUUUACCUGGAGCCGACCGCGCAAGAAGCCUCCCGGUUCGACGUCGUUGUGAACGUGGCAAAGGAGGUGGCGAAUCCGUUCACCAACACGAGCGGCGGUACUAGCACGGUGGUGAGCACUAUGCGCAAUGGGUCGGCAAGUGCGAACCGACUGUCCACUGGAGAGCCCUGGACGGCUAUGUCUGAUGUAUCCUUCAAGUCUGCAUUUGAAUACCCGCCCAGUGAUGAGUCUUCGCCUGCCACCCCUCAAAAGGAUUCGUCUGGACCGGAAUAUGUCCAUGUCGGCUGGGACCAUAACUCGGAAAUCCUAGAUGAUCUCUUCCCGCUUUGCGCGCUGAUCGAGUCCCGGAUCGCCGAAGGGAAGAAGGUCCUUGUGCAUUGCCAACUCGGCGCUAGUCGGUCGGCCUCGUUGGUUAUCGCGUACGGUCUCUACAAAAACCGACAACUGGAUUUCAACUCGGUCUACGAGAUGGUCAAGGAGCGCAGUCGCUGGGUGAGCCCCAACAUGAGCCUGAUUUACCAACUGACGGACUUCCGCUCUCGACUACUCCGCGGCAGCCUUUCGAAAGCUGCCCCGGAGGAGUGGUUUGUUGGGGGGCCGCGCAGAAGCUCCGAACCUCAGCCACCACACACCGGGAGAACGGAUGCUUCGGAAGUCAGCAUUCCGGGUUACACGAGUGGCUGCUCAGAUGCUGAGCAAUGCUCAUCCAAUGACCUGUCGCAGGGAUCUAUGGGCUCGCUUUCACCGCCUUCCACGAACCAGACCACACCCAUCUCGAUCGAGAAUCUCGGAUUUUCCCAAACGCUGUCCCACAAGCGCAGCCUGUCUCCACGACCUCUGCCAUUUCGGCAGGCCUCGUACCAGAUGGGGUCAACGGGCCGGACUCUGCUGCCCGAAUCCACAGCCCCGUUAUGGCGCCCCGAAGGCGGGCCAUACUCUCUGGCCAAAACGGAUUUUUUCGUGCCGGAUGCUUCCCAGGGGGGCAACUCCCUUUUCUCACCGAGGACGACUGGUUUCAUGGCCGCGCCUCUUUCGCAGUCAAUCGCCGAUUGCCUGGAGGACGAUGGCCCUCAUGGGCUGCGAUUCGGAACACGAGUCGCCGACCCUCGGUCACCGCCUCCAGGGAAUGAGCGCCUGAUUAUGAGAAAUAUUGAUGAGUUUCUGUAA